AUGUAUGUUCUGAUCGUAUCAACUAUCUUUACGGCCCUUGCGACCAUCUGUGUCGCCUUGAGAUUGGGGACGAGGUUCUGGCUGCUGAGGGCUCCGGGCUUGGACGAUCUAUUUAUUACAUGUGCAUUGAUCGUCAAUUUUGCCUUCUACGCCUUUGUCCUCGUCGAACGCCGUUAUGGACUCGGGAAAACAGAAAAAUCCCUCCCCCCAUACAUCAUUGAAGGCCAGCUACACUACCUAUGGCUCUCAAUCCCCUUCUACAACUUAACUCUGGUGUUCGCCAAGAUAUCCUGUCUAUGGCUCUUCGUUCGCCUCUUCCGUCCACGUCCGUUCCUCAUGAUCGCAUACAUCACCAUGGGCUGCCUAGUCAUUGCAGGCCUGUGGAUGACCAUCAGCGGGUUCUUCUUCUGCAAUCCUGUCCGUGCUUUCUGGAGUAUUUCCCCUCAAGUCCGGUCCGAUAAAUGCCUCUCUGCUAGUGCGGUUUGGUUUACCAACGCCGGGAUUCAAAUCGGCACUGAUCUUGUCAUCUUAAUUCUUCCUAUGCCAUUGAUUUGGAAAUUGCACAUGCCAAGACGGCAGAAGUAUGGUGUUUUGCUUUGUUUUGGGCUUGGGAUCUUUGUCAUCGCCACCAGCUCAGCCCGUCUCUCUCAAUUGGCCAUCAUGCUCCACAGCAACAACUUCACGAAAACAAACGCCCAAGCCGCAGUCUGGUCCUCCCUAGAAGCAAACAUAUCAAUAAUCUGCGCCUGCCUACCACCCCUACACCCGCUCGUCUCCCGAGUCUUCUCCUUCUGCUUCCUCCCACAACCCCUCCACUCCUCCCCCGGCUCAAAAGCCACCCACUCGCACACAACACAACUCACCGACUCGCGCAAACCAUCAAUCUACUCGCACUAUGGCGCAAACCCCAGCCCAGACGGCGGAAUCUGGUACAACGAGCUCUUCAACCCCGGUCCAGCCAGCUACUCAGCCAGCAUUGCCAAGGUCAACACCAAUGAAACCGACGGCGGGAACGAAGACGGCAUUCGCGUCGUGAGGGAGCUGAGGAUGCGCUCGGAGGAGAUCCACACGCCGAUUUUGAGGACCGGGUCGCCUCACGAGCGGGAUCUGGAAAUGGGCACCCUGGAUAGUUGUAGUGCUCGUGGUGAACCUAGUAUUGAGUGGGAUUUGGGGGAUUUCGAGUUCCCGGAUUAUAAGGAGAGGAUGAAUGCUCCUAUUUGA